AUGUGGUCGGUUCUGAUAGGAAUAUUCCUUCCUUCCUGGCUGAUGGCCCUUGUCGGGGGAACCUACUGGUUCUUCUUCAGGAAGUCCAGCCCGUUCUCCCUGACGUCGGUCAGGGCCAACGAGCACAUGGAGAAGCACAAGGUCCUGCAGAAAGACUUCACAGAGGAGCGUAUACCAGAUAAAGUGGAUGCAGUUGUCAUCGGUAGUGGAUUAGGGGGCUUGACAGCGGCCACCAUCCUGGCUAAGGCCGGGAAGAAGGUUCUGGUUCUAGAAGGGCACGACACCGCCGGGGGAUUCGCCCACACCCACGUUGAGAAGGGCUUUGAGUUCGAUUCUGACAUCAACUACAUCGGCCAGCUGCACGAGAACGGCCUGACGAAGGUGGUGAUCGACCAGCUCACCGAGGGCCAGCUGGCUUUCGUGAAGCUGGACCAGCACAUCAACACCAUGCACAUCGGCCAGGGGGACGACUGCCGCACGUACACACUCCUCAGCGGCAAGACUGAGAUGGAGGCCCACCUGAAGAAGCAGUUCCCUAAAGACACACAGGCCGUGGAGAACUUCUUCAAACUCACAAAGCUGUGUUCAAAACAGAUUCCUGCCCUGGCCUCCCUGAAGCUCAUCCCUCGCUGGCUGGCCCUCUACAUGCUCAAGUCUGGCAUCGCUGACCGCCUCCUCCCUGCGCACAGCACCCUGUCACACACCAGCGCCUCCUGGUGGGCAGGAAUGCAGACCAAGAACAAGGACCUGCAGCUCAUGUUCAACUACCUCUUCCAUGGAACCCCACCUAAGGACUCCAGCAUCCUCAUCAAUGCCCUGCUCAUGCACACCUUAAAGGGUGGUGCCUACUACCCAAAGGGGGGCGCUUGUGAGAUCCCUUACCACAUCAGCAACACCAUCCGCAAGUACGGUGGAGAGGUGCUGGUGAGGGCACCGGUCUCUCGAAUCCUAUUGGAUGCUGAUGGAGCUGCGUGUGGUGUGGUGGUGAAGAAAGGCCAGGAGGAAGUGGAGGUGAGAUCUAAAAUGGUAAUUUCCAACUGCGGCGUGCUCAACACCUUCAACAGGCUCCUGCCCCCAGAGAUCAUCAUAAAGCCUGAAAUCCAAGAGCGUGUGAACCUCCUGAAGCCAGGUAAAGGAUGUUUCCUCAUCUUCUGCGGAUUUGAUGCCACCCCAGAGGAGCUCGAACUCAGCCAGGCCACCAACUGGUUCUACAAGGACAAUGACAUGGACCAGAUGAUGGAUAACUUCUUCAGCCUGAGCAAGGAAGACGCCCCAGAGAACAUCCCCAUGAUGAACCUCAACGUCCCCACGGCCAAAGACCCCUCAGCUCAAAUCAGAUUCCCAGGUAAGACCUCCAUGAUCUUGUUGACCUACGUGAACUCUGACUGGUUUGAGGAGUGGAACGAGACGGUGAGGGAGAGAGGAGACGACUACAUGGCGUACAAUCUGAGAUUCUUCAACCACAUGUUUGACUGGGCCUGCCAACACUACCCCAAGCUCAGAGAGAAGCUGGUGUACCAGGAGGUGUCCACCCCUGUGUGUAAUUACCCGGGUACUUAUCAAGGAGCCAUGUACUCGGCCGAGACCCUGGACCGAUAUGACGCCGUAUCCAUCGCCAAGAACCGCUGCGACACGCCUGUCAAAAACCUCUACCUCUCAGGUCAGGACGUGUUCAGCACUGGUGUCGGUGGGGAACUUUACGGGGGUCUGCUGUGUGCCGCCACCGUGCUGAAGAGCACCCUCUUCGCAGACCUGUUCCUCAUGAAGAAGAGGCUCAAGAAGGCCAAAUGA